CGAAAGAGUAGGUGAAAAGAAAUUAAGCCAUAUAAUUCCCACUCGGUAAGCUGAGAGGAGAGGAAGUUUGAUGAUGGAGAAGCAUAAAUUAGCCAAUCUGAUUAUCCUGCUCCUGAACCUGGGAGCUUUGCUCACUUCUCUUGCUUGUCCCGAAUGUCCUCACCCAACUCCUCCGCCAAACUGUCCACCUCCAAAGUUUCCACCCAAGCCUCCUUAUGUACCCAAACCUCCCGUUGUCAAGCCUCCACCUUAUGUACCCAAGCCUCCCUACGUGCCGGUGCCUAAGCCACCUUAUGUGCCCAAACCUCCCGUCGUCAAACCCCCAACACCUUAUUAUCCAAAACCGCCAGUCAUAUCACCACCAAUUCUGCCUCCUGUAUAUCCAAGUCCUCCUAUUGUGAAGCCACCUCCAGAAGAGAAACCAUGUCCUCCACCACCACCAUCCUUUCCAUACCCACCACCUCCGGCAAAGCAAACAUGCCCCAUUGACACACUCAAACUGGGUGCAUGUGUGGACGUGUUAGGUGGCCUAGUGCACAUUGGUAUAGGCACAAGCGCAAAGGACACAUGUUGCCCCGUGCUUCAAGGGCUGUUGGACUUGGAUGCUGCAAUUUGUCUUUGCACCACAAUCAAGGCCAAGCUCUUGAAUAUCAAUAUUCUAUUACCAAUUGCCCUUCAGGUCCUAAUCGAUUGUGGCAAGACUCCACCUGCAGGAUUCCAAUGUCCAGCAUAAGGAUAAGGUCGUGGACUCAUGUGUGGAUCAGUUUGCAAGAGAAUAACUUUUCUGAAAGGUUGAAGCAGAAAUUAUGUACAAUAAUUCCAAUGAAGAAUUGUGUUUAUAAGCUUUCUGUUCUGUUUUCAAUUUGAGUGCUGAUAAUGUAAAAUGUAAUGUUGGGAAACAUGUUUUUAAUUUCGAAAGUAACUUUGUGUUGGACU